CAAAGAUGUCGCUAAACAGCUCGUAUUGCAUCUCCAAACUCCAUCUUCCGGCAAGUGAUCACAGGGCAACCUUACAAGCCUUUAUGUAUGUCCGAGCUUCUCAUAGCUAGGAGGCGAUGUCCGUCGUCGACUGAAAGUCGCGCCGUAUCGUGACUGGGUGCAGGGAGGGAGGCGGACCCGAAAAAAUUGCCUCGGACCUGCGUCUAGCCUAUUUCUUCCACAUCCCCGCUUACCCUGUCUCAGCGCCCAUCACCAGUAGUCACCAUCAUCACCACCAUCAGCAUCGGCAAUGGCUCUCCGUAAUGCCUCCGCCUCGCUCCUGAGGCAGCAGGCGACAUCGUCGUCAUCCUCUUCCUCCUCCUCGUCUGCUGUCGCGCACGCUUGCCGCUCCUUUUCGGGCUCGGCAGCGAGCUCAUCUUCCGUCCCACCUCGCAACAUCCUGCACCCACCCGGAGCAGAGACCCAUCUCUCCCUAGGUCAAUAUCAGCUCAAUAGAUAUGACGAGCACUAUCGGCAGACGCUCGCCCCCUCUUUGCUGUACAUGACAUACGAUCCGGAAUGGUCCAAGCUGAAUGCUAGCGAGAAGCUUGCGGUCGAGUCGACGAGCCAUACCAAGCGGGAAUGGGACCCUGCCUCGCCUUAUUCGAAGAAUAGGCCGCAGAGGCCCCCAAAGGGUCUACGAAGUCUGCAGCCUGGGCCAAUGGUCCCCGACUUUGAAGACCCUACAAAAGACCUGGUGGCUUUGGAUCGUAUUGUCAUCUCAGCUUUCUGCAAGGAAGCCAUUGUCAGCAAGCACGCUCUGCUUCCGCUCGUGGCACAACUCCGAGCUAUCACCGGAGUGUCGCCCAAGGGAUCCUUUGCCAAUCCCGCGAUGGGCCAAGAUGCCAGGGGAGCUGCGCAGGGCUCAGCAAAGGGCAGUGGAUACAUUCAGAUCAUUCGAGCCAGGUCCGGAGCGGCAAGCUUCAAGCUGAGACCUGGUAUGCCGGUUGGUGUACAGGCUGUGUUGCCAAGGCCACUUGCUAUGAAUUUCCUCGAGGUGCUCAUCACCUUUGUUCUGCCAAGGCUGAGGACCUUCCAAGGCUUCCUCCUGCCACCUGCCAGUCAGCCUCCUGGAAGUCCGGCGGCAAUGAGCGGCGUGGUGUCACUGGGACUGGGACCGGAUGCGAUGGGUAAUUUCCCUCAGACGGAGAUCAAUUGGGAUGCGUAUCCGAACAGGGCAAUGGGCUUCCAGGUGGACUGCAUCACAAAUCAACGAGGACCGCGAGCGACAGAGAAGGCGAGACAGCUACUGAGCGGACUAGGUGUGCCCUUUGUCAGAAGAGGUGACGUCCGCUAAGGCGGAGAUCAUUCAAAAUGUCAUAUCGAUGAGAAAUGCCAUUACAUACAUAUCUUUGAGCAUA